AUGGCGCCCGCAACACUCCUGAAGUACCACGCCCAGGAUGGCCCGGCGGAAGAGUAUACGCACGUGAAGACCGAGAGCUUCCACAAUGCCAAUACGCCCGCGAGCCCCAACGCGCGCAAGGCCCGCCACACCAACGUGGCUGGGACGGAUAACAGCAAGGAUGAAGAGCUCAAGAGCCCCUGGAUCCUGCACCCGAGUCUCGUUCUGAAGGAGGAUGUCUUGCAGAAAUGGGGGAAGGGCGAGGGGGAGAUUCCGGACCCGGAUGAGGUGCUGGAUCUCAAGGAGGAGAGGAAGGGCUGGCAUGGGUAUGUCGAGUGGGAGUUGUACCCGGAGCGCAAGGCGAGGGUGAAGGAGUGGAUGAAGGGUUUUGAUUUCCCCAGUGCACCCGAAUUCCAAUUCGUGCCCUUGCCGAAAACAAACCCGAUCUUGGAGGGUGUCAGAUGGAAACAAUACCAUUAUGCCCUGGGCAAGGCGACCAAGGACAUCCCAGCUGAGAGCUGGCUCUGGGUCCAGAAGGAGAAGAGUCCGGAUAUGAUCCAUAUCCUGCAGUUCCCAUACAACGGGGAGCCGCCUCGGGAUCGAUUGGUGUCGACCGCCUUGACGACCAACGAAGACCACUUUGUCCGCAACCAUGGAGGAAUUCCAGAGAUCGACGAAGAUGAGUACUUCUUGGAUAUUGGCGGAUUGGUCAACGAGCCCAAGCGGAUCACCAUGGCUAUGUUGAAGGACGAGAAACUGUUCCCCAGACAGUCGAACAUCGUUACCAUUCAGUGCUCUGGAACCAGGCGAAUUGAGCAGAUUCAUCAGUACCCUGGUGAUGGAGAUGAGUUGAUUAACGCUCCUUGGGGAGAGGGCGCAAUCGGAACUGCUCGCUGGACAGGUGUCAGUCUCAAAAAGGUGAUCAAGUACUGUGGCGGUCUGAAGUACCCUGACAAGCCAAUGCACCUUGAGUUCCUCGGCGCAGACACCUAUUUCAAACAAGGUGAGGUCUACAACUAUGCCGUCUCCGUUCCCUGGCGCAAGGUCAAGGCCAACGAAGUCCUCCUGGCCUGGGAGAUGAACGGGCAGCCCCUGCCCAAGAUCCACGGCUUCCCGCUGCGUACCGUUGUCUUUGGAUACAUUGGUGCGCGCAGCUGCAAAUGGUUGACGCGGAUCAAUGUCCUUGACGCUCCCAGCGAGGGACCCGUGCAAAAGAAGGAGUACCUGUACUACAACUCGCAGGUUGGGAAGCACAACGUUACUUAUUCGGCGGGUUUCUCCAUUCAGGAUAUGCUUGUUAGUUCGGCUAUCAUGAGCCCCGUUGAUGCGGACCAGAUCAUCCACGAUGGAAAGAUCAAGAUGCGUGGCUGGGCGUAUAGUGGAGGCGGGCAUUGGCCGGUUCGCGUUGAAGUCAGCAAUGACGGCGGCAGCGUCUGGUAUGAAGUUCCUCAUGAACAGAUGAGCGAGAAAUACUUCUAUGCCUGGAGAGUCUGGGAAUACGAUCUCCCCGUCGAUGCGGAGGGUUGGCUGGAGUUGGUCGUGCGAUGUUGGGACAACUCCAUGAAUACCCAACCUACCUUCGUUCGAUCAGCAUGGAAUUGGGAUCUCCACGUCACGAGCUCGUGCCACAGGAUCAAGGUCUUCAGCAUCAACAGAUCGAGACCCAAGACAGCCGCCAAGUUGAAGAUGUACGAGGAGAGUGGCAUCCCCUUCUUCCCCAUUACCAAGCCCAGCGCUGUGCCAUUAGAGAGCGAUGAGAGAUACGCCAUCGAGAUGGCGGCUCGCGGUGGUAGGGAUCCCCUUGAGUAG